AGGAAGCUCAAAGUAAGAAGAGAUACUCACGCUAAAACAGCUUUAUCUACAGCUUUUGAUUCCUUCUUCUUCUUAUCAAGAUCUGCACUAUUGUUUCACGGAAGAAAAUUCUUUGUUAUUUAUUAUUGGUGACUGAAAAGAAGUGGUUGACUCCUUUCCAAGUUAUACGAUUUACAGCUGCCAGAUUCUUGCCCAGACUCAUAGUUUUUCUCAUCAGUAGAAAGCGUUACAUAUUGAGGAAAAAUUCAAAUUUCUUGAAUAAAUUGAAGAAAAGAACAAUAAAUUGAAGUGAAGUAUGUGAGCUAGGAGAUGGGUUCAGACAAAAGCGCGACUUCUUCUGCUCAACAAAUGGAAUCAUCUAUUCAGGAUAUUCGUGAGAGACAUCGGCUAGAAUUAGAAAAUUUAACAUUGACAACACAGCCCUUCAAAACAUUAAAGGUUUUCUUUCUGGUUAUCCUUCAGUAUGUCACUCAAUCGGUAUCGUAUCUUUUGGCAAAGAGUGGUUGGCUUAUGCUUUCAAGCACUCUAAUGGCUGCUAUUGGAAGUUUGCUUGUGACUGUUGAGGGUCCUCACGAGAAGCAUGUUGAGGAAGUUUCUAAGUAUGUUCGAUUUGGAUUAUGGUGGAUUGCACUUGGUGUUGCAUCUUCAAUUGUCUUAGGAUCUGGUCUGCACACUUUUGUCCUUUAUUUGGGUCCUCAUAUUGCCUUGUUUACAAUAAAAGCAAUGCAAUGUGGACGAAUAGACCUGAAGAGCGCUCCAUAUGAUACAAUACAGUUAAAGAGAUGUCCUUCAUGGCUGGAUAAACCCUGCGGAGAGUUUGGGCCUCCAUUAUUUUCAUCGUCACAUGGGUUAAGGGUUCCUAUGAGCAGCAUAUUGCCCCAGGUGCAGAUGGAGGCUAUCUUAUGGGGUCUUGGGACUGCACUUCGAGAGCUUCCUCCUUACUUUUUCUCAAGGGCAGCUAGUUUAUCAGGCAGCAGAAUUGAUGCCUUAGAAGAAUUGUCCUCAAGUGAGGAUAAUGGAGUCAUAGCUACUCGCCUAAGACAAAUCGAGCGCUGGCUGUUAUCCCACUCUCAACACAUGAACUUCUUCACCAUUUUAGUGCUCGCCUCGGUCCCAAAUCCUCUAUUUGACCUUGCUGGCAUCAUGUGUGGACAAUUUGGGAUUCCAUUCUGGAAGUUUUUUCUUGCUACAUUGAUUGGGAAGGCAAUCAUUAAAACUCACAUACAGUUCCUUUUUUGCAGACGUUGUUUAUCGUCUGUCUGUAAUAAUCAACUCCUAGACUGGAUAGAGAAUGAAUUGAUCUGGGUGCUAAGCUUCAUACCCGGAUUCGGUUCUUUCUUGCCCACACUCACAGCAAAACUCCAUUCGGUCAAAGAGAAGUACUUGGCUGCCCCACCUCCAGUGCCUUCAAAUAUCAAGGAAAAGUGGGAUUUUUCAUUUACUUUGAUAUGGAAUACCAUCGUGUGGCUUAUGCUUAUGAACUUCUUUGUCAAGAUCGUCAAUGCGACUGCUCAGAGGUAUCUGAAAAAGCAGCAGGAUAAGCAACUUGCGGAGAUUUUAUCUUCUUCAACGCAUUCGGAUUAGGAAGUCGACAAAAGCACUCGUCGUCCUUCUUCGUUAUUCUCAUUUACCAGUAGCGGUAGUGAACUACAGUCUGGUUGUCCUUGAAUUACCAUUGAAGUUCUCCCCUCUUAGAAGCUUGUAUAUGUAUUAUGUAGUAGGGGAACCUAUACAGACAGAAACAAAGAUUUUAUUUAUCCUUCAUGUGUGAUCAUUAUUUUGGGGCUUUUUACUACAAAAUCUGGGUGAAUGCUCCUUCAACAUCUGGCUUUGAAUUACUACAUUUGCUUUCUGUUAUUAUUAUUAACACAGUUGUCUUUUAAUGGAAAUUGGGGUAAUCGUUU